AGGGGAGGUGAAGCAGAGGCGGUGAAGAAGAGGCGGUGAAGAGAAAUAGAAGUAGGAAUAAGCUUCUACCCAGAGAAAGAAUUGAGCGCCUUCUUGACCCUGGUUCUUCAUUCCUUGAACUUUCUCAGGAUUUGUCUUUCAUUUCCACUCUAUUCACAAUCAGAUUUCUCUUUCUCUGCAAAUAUCUUUAUACUGAUUAUUGCCUUUUUAGUCUUAAUGGAUAUUAUCAAAAAUUACUCAAAAUAUUUUGGAACUUUAGGUUGUUUAUGAACUGGCAUUUAGUCUAGAGGCAUAAAAUUUUCAAACCGUGGAGGUGGUAAGUUGUUAUUGGUAGAUUAAAAAAAAAAAAAGUGAUGUGAAUGGAGAUUGGUGAGUCGAGAUGGAAACUAGUAAAAGCUUGUCAACUCAAUUAUUGUGAAAAUUGUUGUGCCCGUAACGUUACUCUUUGAGUAUACAUAAAUCUCCACGAAACUGAUUAAACAUAACGAUUUGUGGGAUUGCAUUUAAACUAUACUGUCUCAAGUUGAGCUCCCUGAGAAUAGUCUUGAUAGAUGUAAGGUUGAGUGUAGGUUUGUACAACCUAAAGAGGUGAUUGGGAAAAGGACCCAAGCAUUUUGAGCCUAAACGGAGUUGAGAGGGAAAUGAGAUAACUAUAUAGGUAUGAGUCCAUUUGAAGUCAAACAUAGGAAAGUCUUUUAGAUCUUCUCCCACUUUCACCACAUGUUAAAAAGUAUCCGACCAAUAAAAACAUGUACACAUCAUGUUCAUGAUUGGAAUCAUGAGGUUAGCAAGCAAUCUCAAGCAAGUGAUGAUCAACUAAAAAAAAGAAUAGAAGCUAAUUCACAUUAUAUGGGAUUUCCAGUAAUGGAUUAUGUCAUGGUUUUAGGCUUGAACGGUUUCCCCUAUGAAGCCAUUAGGCAACUACAAGCCUAUUAUGCUGGAAUGCUCAAAGUGUUGACAUGGGUUGGACCAAAUGCAUAUGAAGAUUUUUCAUUUGAUUGUGAAAGUAUCUCCCCCUUUAAUAUUAAGGAUCUGGUUACUUAAAUUUUAUAAAGGUUCAAUAGUUAUCCCAUAUGAUACUUUCAAUGAGCUUUCCCACGAUCCUUUUAUAAACCCUGUGACUCAUUCAACUCAACCAAACCUUUUGCCAACGUGUAAAGAGCAUAUUAAUGUUAUUUUGGAUUAGCAGCUUGUUUCUAUCAGGGAUAGGAAAAGUUGAGUGCUACCUAAUUCGUUGAAAGGGAAAACUAGAGUCAUAUUGCACAUGGAUCACCAGAGAUGAGCUGCUACAGUUAGACUCUAAUAUACUAGAAUACUAUCCAGGGCUAUACUCAACAGGGUUUAGUCUGUCCCACCCCGGCUUGCUGGCCAUGAAUUAUAUGAAGAAGCCUUGCCAUCUGCUGGGAUUAUUACUGGGAUAGGUCCGGUUCAUGGGCGACUUUGUAUGCUUGUGGCUAAUGACCCGACUGUCAAGGGAGGCACUUACUAUCCCAUCGCCGUUAAGAAACAUCUUAGGGCACAAGAGAUUGCCUCUCAAUGUAAAUUACCAUGCAUAUAUCUCGUUGAUAGUGGAGGUGCUUACCUUCGCAAGCAGGCCGAUGUUUUCCCUGACAAGGAUAAUUUUGGUAGAAUUUUCUACAAUCAAGCUGUGAUGUCUGCUGAAGGCAUCCCCCAAAUUGCACUGGUAUUGGAUUUCUGCACAGCUGGGGGUGCCUAUAUACCUGCGAUGGCUGAUGAAAGUGUCAUGGUCAAAGGAAAUGGUACUGUUUUCCUGGCAGGACCACCACUCGCUAAGGCUGCUACAGGAGAAGAAGUCUCUAAAGAAGAUUUGGGGGGUGCUACUGUGCAUUGCAAGACAUCAGGAGUUUUAGAUUAUAUUGCUCAUGUUUGCAGAGUUGUCUUGAUGAGUUUCAACAUCCAGAACUCAAUGAGAUUGUGUUUACACUUGGGGGGUGCUACUGUGCAUUGCAAGACAUCAGGAGUUUUAGAUUAUAUUGCUCAUGAUGAACUGCAUGGACUUGCUCUUGGGAGGAACAUCAUUAAAAACUUGCACAUGCCUGGGAAAGAGGGAGUGUUAAGUAGAUUGGAAACUGUAAACCAUGACUUUAAAGAACCAUUAUAUGAUGUAAAGGAACUUCAUUCCAUUGCCCCAACUGACCUUAAGCAGUCCUUUGAUAUACGGUCAGUCAUUGCUCGCAUUGUUGAUGGAAGUGAAUUUGAUGAAUUCAAGAAAUUGUAUGGCACUACUCUUGUAACAGGUUUUGCUAGAAUUUUUGGACAGCCAGUUGGAAUAAUUGGAAACAAUGGGAUAUUAUUUAAUGAAUCUGCUCUAAAAGGAGCCCAUUUCAUUGAACUGUGCACUCAACGAAACAUUCCUUUGGUCUUCCUUCAGAACAUCACUGGAUUUAUGGUUGGCUCAAGAUCUGAGGCAAAUGGAAUUGCAAAAUCUGGAGCGAAAAUGGUUAUGGCAGUUUCUUGUGCAAAGGUUCCCAAAGUUACUAUAAUUGUUGGUGGAAGCUUCGGUGUUGGAAAUUAUGCAAUGUGUGAUCGUGCUUAUAGUCCCAACUUCAUGUUCCUUUGGCCAAAUGCCCGAAUAUCUGUGAUGGGUGGUGCCCAGGCUGCUGGUGUGCUAGCUCAAAUAGAAAAAGCAAGGGAUUCAGGUAGAAGCUUCUUUUUUUUUGAAGAGAAAAUGUGUAAUAUCAUUAACACAUGAAAAGGAUUACAACAGGGCCUCAGCCUACAACAUACAACAUUCAGCCCAGACCAGAAUGAAACAGAAAAUCUAAGAAAGGCGGAGAAACACCUUUCCAAACACAGCUGACAUUGUUACAUUUUGCAUAUUGGGCAAGCUCAUGGGCAGCCCUGUUGGAGUCCCUUUUCACAUGUUGAAAUGAGCAGCUCAAGAAGUUCAAUUUUGUGUUUUGUAUUCCUUGGAUCAGGUGGCCAGAUUCACCACCACAGAGGUCCUGAGAAAUGGCUUGAAUGACAGAGGAAGCAUCAGAUUCAAAGAUGGCCUGCUGAACAGCCAUUUCCCGAGCCAAAAGAACACCCUGCUCCAUAGCAAAGAGCUCAGUCCAUUCAGCCGGAUAGUGCAUAGGCAAAGCUUUACUAAGAGCAGCAACCACACCACCUUUAGCAUCACGAAUGAUCACUCCCACUCCCGACACCCCCUGACCAUCCAAGGAUGACGCACCAUCUACAUUAAUUUUGAAAAAACCCGGGGGAGGCGCUACCCAGCCACCCUUUGAUGGUUGUAUCGAGGACAAAUGCAUCGGGUUAGCUUCCUGGAAGUCCUCAACAACUCUCUUCGCCAUUUCCCAGACUUGCAGAGGGGAAAGACCACACUCAUUAUGAACUGUCUGAUUUCGGUUAUGCCAUAUGGACCAGGAAAUUGCAAAAAAAUAUUCCAAUGAAACCCCAUCAGAGUUUGAACAAAUUUGGUGCACUAGACCUGUAAAGUCUUUUGCAUUCAACAGAAAAUUUAAAGGGCAGUCUUGCCAAAGCGACCACUCCGAUAGAGCAAAGUCACAGGAAACUAGAGCAUGUAAAAGGCUUUCUGGCUCUUCCCUACAAACAGGACAAUCAAAGUCAGAUUUAAUACCCCUCUCCACCAUCUUUAAACUCACCGGGAGCCCAUCCACACAAGCUCUCCAAGAGAAUAUUUUGAUUUUUGCAGGAAGUUUCAGCUUCCACAAAUUUUUCCAAAGAUAAGCAUUUGAGUCUUCGGAAGAACAUUCCCCGACAUCAGUACCAUCUUGGAGAUUGGCAGCUAUGUGAUAAGCACUCUUGACAGUGAAAACACCCAUUUUAUUUCCAAUCCAAAUAAGAUUGUCCUCCGGUAAAUUCUGACUUAGAGGAAUUUUCAGAAUAAUGUCCGCUUCAAAAGGCAAAAAGAGCGCCUGGACAGCACUAGUUUUCCACCAUUUAGUCAAUAAUGUCCGCUUCAAAAGGCAAAAAGAGCGCCUGGACAGCACUAGUUUUCCACCAUUUAGUCUCUUGAUCAAUGAGAGAGGAGACCAUGGGAAGCUUCUUUUUGUUUGUAAGGAAAAGAUGACUUAUCAUAUUUCUCCAUAUACCAAGUCAGGGUCUUCUUAUUUGUAUUUACAUGCACUUUGCAUGAUGUAAUGCAGUGGAACAAUAAGGAAGAAGAAGAAAGAUUCGAGGCAAAGGUUGUGGUGGAGGCAUAUGAGAAAGAAGGAAGUUCUUAUUACUCCACAGCAAGGCUCUGGGAUGAUGGCAUUAUUGAUCCAGCUGACACAAGAAAAAUCAUAGGUCUUUGCAUCUCUGCUUCCUUGAAUUGUCCCACAGAAGAUACCAGAUAUGGUGUAUUUAGAAUGUUACAAGCACUGGCGUCCAAGUGUCUAAUUCAUAUUAAUCCAGAUGCAUUAUUUUGAUACUU